AAAAGGAUGAGUGUAUUUGAUGCCUUAAUGUUAAACUAAAAUCAUGAACAAAAACAUGAUUAUGGUUAACGGCCCAACCGGUUACACAACAAGUACACCAGACGGUGCCGCAACAAGAACAACAACACCGCAUAGUUUACAGGAAAAAAUAGUACACAGCCUGUCUUUCCUUCCUUUUCUAUAGAAACUAUUAAAAAACUUUCUUUAAAUACCCCUCUUCCUCCUCCUCUGCUCUCUCCAUCUUCCAAGAAAGACUUCAUUUUACCAAUUAUUUGCUAAGGUGAGAGAGAGAGAGAGGGUCGAGGAAGCAAUGGCAAAGAUGCAGGUUUCAAUCUUUAUCGUUGUCACGUUUUUGGUUGCAUCAACAAACGCCAAAACCGCAAGCCCUCCUGCUCCAAUGCUGCCACCGACACCAGCUCCAGCACCUGCUCCACACCACGUGAAUCUCACUGAGCUUCUAAGCGUAGCUGGUCCCUUCCACACGUUCCUCGACUACCUUCUCUCAUCAGGAGUCAUCGAAACGUUCCAAAGCCAAGCCAACAACACUGAGGAAGGUGUCACAAUCUUUGUCCCAAAAGACGACGCUUUCAAGGCUCAGAAGAAUCCUCCUUUGUCAAACCUCACAAAGGAUCAGCUCAAGCAGCUCCUCCUCUUCCACGCUCUUCCUCAUUACUACUCUCUCUCCGAGUUCAAGAACCUGAGCCAGUCCGGUCCGGUUAGCACCUUCGCUGGUGGACAAUACGCCUUGAAAUUCACUGAUGUUUCCGGUACGGUUCGGAUUGAUACGCUCUGGACCAGGACCAAAGUCAGCAGCAGCGUUUUCUCGACCGAUCCUGUGGCGGUUUACCAAGUGAACCGGGUGCUUUUACCUGAAGCAAUCUUUGGAACUGAUGUCCCUCCAAUGCCUGCUCCAGCUCCUGCUCCUGUAGUUAGCUCUCCUUCUGAUUCGCCUUCUGCUGAUUCUGAUGAAGCAAACGCUUCCUCCCCUAAGUCAUCGCACAAGAGCUCCGCACAGACGCUGGUUUUGGCUCCAAUUGCUAUGGUGGUAUCCGGUUUGGUGGCAUUGUUCUUGUGAGAAUAAUAAGGAUGGAUUUGUUUUGCAGGUUGAGUAUGUUCUAAGUUACAAUUGUGAAAGAGAGUUGUAUUACAUCAUUCCAUGUUGUCUUUUUUUUUUGAUUAUUUUGAAACCGCAUUUUUUAUUUUAUACAUUUUACCAUUAUUGUUAUUGUCAUUUAUGUGUAUGUGAAUUGUUAUUUUGCCUCCCUAUUGUUUUCUGUUUUAGAUUAUUUUGCUUCAUUUGGAAGCAAAGUUUAUACCAUCUUUCUCGAAGAACAUUUCGUUAAGAUAUAUUACAAUAUUGAGUUUUUC